AAGUGUCCGCAGGAAGCGAGGUGGGGAGACCAGACCUGCUCACUCUCAGCGACCGUCGAAUUCCUUCUGCGCAAUCGGGCCCUAGGGAAGCAGCCUCCCCUUAAGGGCCGAGAAGCCCGGGCACGUUGAAAGUACUCUCCCGGAGCAGACCCAGGGGAGAAGUUAGGGGUGUGAAGGCGGGGCCACUGCACUGGCGACACCCUCCGAAGGUCCAGCCCUCGCCCGCCUUCCUGCCACCGUAGGGAGUUAGCCGGAGGGCGGCAUCACCCUCUCAAUGAAAGGCAGAUAUCCCUUUAAGGUUUGCUUUGUAGCUGGUGGACUUUAGCCUAAACACGAACCCGCGAAGCUGGCUUUAUUUGUCCAUGUCUCAGACAGAGCCUGGGAGACUGCCAGUGGGAUUUCAGAAACCGAGCACGCGAAGGGGCGGGCGAUGGGGCAGUAAGUCUGGGAUAUGAGGAGCGUGGAGAGGACUCAGAGUCAUUCGUCCAAAACACAGGAAAUUCACUCUUCGGCUUCUGCGCGCCGCGACUGGCCGGGGCGGGACGCAGACCUGCGGCGGUAGAGUGGCCCUGAGCGCACGGCUCCGUUCCCAGUCCCGCCGAGUCCUGCCCGCCGAUCCAGCGCGUCCCCGGGCUCUGCGGGCUCUCGGGCCAUGGCCCCCCGACGCCAAGCCAGCCCAGGGCUGGCUGUCGCCCGCUGCUGGCUCCUCACCGUUGUUUUAGGCUUCUGCGUAUCAUUCAAUGUUGAUGUGAAAAAUUCAAUGACCUUCAGUGGCUCAGUGGAAGACAUGUUUGGAUAUACUGUUCAACAAUAUGAAAAUGAAGAAGGAAAAUGGGUGCUUAUUGGCUCUCCUUUAGUUGGUCAACCCAAGAACAGAACUGGAGAUGUCUAUAAGUGUCCAGUUGGGAGAAGCAAACAAUUACCUUGCGUAAAGUUGGAUCUGCCUGUUAAUACAUCAAUUCCCAAUGUCACGGAAGUAAAGGAGAACAUGACGUUUGGAUCAACUUUAGUCACCAACCCAAAUGGAGGGUUUCUGGCAUGUGGGCCCUUGUAUGCCUAUAGAUGUGGACAUUUACAUUACACAACUGGAAUCUGUUCUGAUGUUAGCUCCACAUUUCAAGUCGUGAACUCCAUUGCUCCUGUACGAGAAUGCAGCACUCAACUGGACAUAGUCAUCGUGCUGGAUGGCUCCAACAGUAUUUAUCCCUGGGAGAGUGUUACAGCUUUUUUAAAUGACCUUCUUGAAAGAAUGGAUAUUGGUCCUAAACAGACACAGGUUGGAAUUGUACAGUAUGGAGAAAAUGUAACCCAUGAGUUCAACCUCAAUAAGUACUCAUCAACGGAAGAGGUACUUGUUGCAGCAAAUAAAAUAAUCCAGAGAGGUGGCCGCCAGACUAUGACAGCCCUUGGGAUAGACACAGCCAGGAAGGAGGCUUUCACUGAAGCCCGGGGUGCCCGAAGGGGAGUUAAAAAAGUUAUGGUAAUUGUGACUGAUGGGGAGUCCCAUGAUAACCAUCGACUGAAUAAGGUCAUCCAAGACUGUGAGGAUGAAAACAUUCAGCGAUUUUCCAUAGCUAUUCUUGGGAGCUAUAACAGAGGAAAUUUAAGCACUGAAAAGUUUGUGGAAGAAAUAAAAUCAAUUGCAAGCGAACCCACUGAAAAGCAUUUCUUCAAUGUCUCUGAUGAAUUAGCUCUAGUCACUAUUGUUGAAGCUCUCGGAGAAAGAAUAUUCGCCCUGGAAGCUACAGCUGACCAGUCAGCAGCUUCAUUUGAAAUGGAAAUGUCUCAGACUGGCUUCAGUGCUCAUUAUUCACAGGACUGGGUCAUGCUUGGAGCAGUAGGAGCCUAUGAUUGGAAUGGAACAGUCGUCAUGCAGAAGGCUAAUCGAAUCAUAAUCCCUCAAAACACAACCUUUAAUGUUGAGUCUACCAAAAAGAAUGAACCUCUUGCUUCUUAUUUAGGUUACACAGUGAACUCCGCCACGGUUUCGGGAGAUGUGCUCUACAUUGCCGGACAGCCACGGUACAAUCACACGGGCCAGGUUGUCAUCUACAGGAUGGAAGAUGGAGACAUCAGGAUUCUCCAGACACUCAGUGGAGAGCAGAUUGGUUCCUACUUUGGCAGUGUUUUAACCACACUUGACAUUGAUAAAGAUUCUAAUACUGACAUUCUUCUGGUUGGGGCUCCCAUGUACAUGGGAACAGAGAAAGAGGAACAAGGAAAAGUGUAUGUGUAUGCCCUGAAUCAGACAAGGUUUGAAUAUCAAAUGAGCCUGGAACCCAUUAAGCAGACUUGUUGUUCAUCUCUGAAGCACAAUUCAUGCACAAAAGAAAACAAAAAUGAGCCGUGUGGGGCUCGUUUUGGAACAGCUAUUGCUGCUGUGAGAGACCUCAAUCUUGAUGGAUUUGAUGACAUUGUGAUAGGAGCUCCCCUGGAAGAUGAUCAUGGGGGAGCCGUGUACAUUUAUCAUGGGAGUGGCAAGACUAUAAGGCAAGAGUAUGCACAACGUAUUGCAUCAGGUGGAGAUGGCAAGACACUGAAAUUUUUUGGCCAGUCUAUCCAUGGAGAAAUGGAUCUAAAUGGGGACGGUCUGACUGAUGUGACUAUUGGGGGCCUUGGUGGUGCUGCCCUCUUCUGGUCCCGAGAUGUGGCUGUAGUUAAAGUGACCAUGAACUUUGAACCCAAUAAAGUGAAUAUCCAAAAGAAAAACUGCCAUGUGGAAGGAAAGGAAACAGUAUGCAUAAAUGCUACAGUGUGUUUUGAUGUGAAAUUAAAGUCCAAAGAAGACAGAAUUUACACAGCUGAUAUACAGUACCGUGUCACACUUGAUUCACUAAGACAGAUAUCACGAAGUUUUUUCUCUGGAACUCAAGAAAGAAAGAUUCAAAGAAACAUCACAGUUCAAGAAUCAGAAUGCACUAAGCUUUCCUUCUACAUGUUGGACAAGCAUGACUUUCGGGACUCUGUGAGGAUAACUUUGGAUUUUAAUCUUACUGAUCCAGAAAACGGGCCUGUUCUUGAUGAUUCCCUACCAAAUUCAGUACAUGAAUAUAUUCCCUUUGCCAAAGAUUGUGGAAACAAGGAAAAAUGUAUCUCGGACCUCACCCUGCAAGUAUCCACCACAGCAAAGGGCCUGCUUAUUGUCAGGUCCCACAAUGACAAAUUCAAUGUUAGUCUCACAGUCAAAAACAAAAAGGACAGUGCCUAUAACACCAGAACCAUAGUGCAUUAUUCUCCAAACCUAAUUUUUUCAGGAAUUGAGGCUAUCCAAAAAGACAGUUGUGAGUCCAAUCAUAAUCUCACAUGUAAAAUUAGAUAUCCCUUCCUGAGAAGAGAAGAAGAGGUUACUUUCAAAAUAUUAUUUCAGUUUAACACAUCUUAUCUCAUGGAAAAUGUGACCAUUCAUUUAAGUGCAACAAGUGACAGUGAAGAGCCUCCUGAAGCCCUUUUUGAUAAUGAAGUUAAUAUUUCUAUCCCAGUAAAAUAUGAAGUUGGACUUCAGUUUUACAGCUCUGCGAGUGAAUACCAUAUUUCAAUUGCGGCCAAUGAGACAGUCCCUGAAGUUAUUAAUUCUACUGAGGACAUUGGAAAUGAAAUUAAUGUCUUCUACUUGAUUAGAAAAAGUGGACAUUUUCCGAUGCCAGAACUUAAGCUGUCAAUUUCAUUUCCCAACUCGACAUCAGACGGUUAUCCUGUGCUAUACCCAAGUGGAUGGUCAUCUUCUAAUAAUGCAAACUGCAGACCCAGUAGCCUUCAGGACCCGCUUGGUAUCAACUCUGGGAAGCAAAUGAUUAUAUCAAAAUCUGAAGAUCUCAAACGAGGCACAAUUCUGGACUGCAGCACAUGUAAAUUUGCUACAAUCACGUGUAAUUUGAUUCCUUCUGACAUGAGCCAAGUGAAUGUUUCACUUAUCUUAUGGAAACCAACUUUUAUAAAAGCACGUUUUUCGAGCUUAAAUCUUACUGUAAGGGCAGACCUUCAGAGUGAAAAUACAUUACUGAUUUUAAGUACUGGCAAUCAAAAAAGAGAGUUUGCUAUUCAAAUAUCCAAAGAUGGACUACCAGGCAGGGUGCCAUUAUGGGUCAUCCUGUUGAGUGCCUUUGCUGGAUUGUUGCUGUUAAUGCUGCUCAUAUUAGCACUGUGGAAGAUUGGAUUCUUCAAAAGACCACUAAAGAAGAAAAUGGAAAAAUGACAUAUUUUACAGGAGAAAAAUAAUAAUAAUUAUUUGAUGAUCUAUCCUCAGGUUUGCCUCAAAUAUGUGACAAGAAAUGUAUAGAUACAAUUAAAGACAUAGUCACAUAACUUUAUGUAAUCCAUCAGGGAUUAAUCACUUGGAAAGUGAUAAGUCAAAGAAGAUCCAAAAACAAUACCAUAAAAAUAUAUUUUAUAAAAUGAUGAAAAAUAUUUUAAAAUAAUUAUUCAUGUGUAUUAUUUAAGUAAAAUUACAAAGUGUUUCGAAGAUGAAGAUUAACCUGUACAAAUAUGUUUACAUAUUAAAUCAGCAUUCAGAGUAUUUAAGGAAUGCAUAAAAAGAUUUUUAUGAUCAUUGAUAAGUUAAGCUUUUUUCCAUUGAUUCCUGAUGGAUAUUCACAUUCAGCAUGAUAGUCAACAUUUGUAAAUGACAAGAAAAGGUUAACUGAAAAAGAUAACUUCCCCCUAUUCAAAUGAGAAAUUUUUCCUGGGUAGAGUAUAUAUAAAAUAUGGACUGAAAAUAUAAUUAAAUCACAGAGAAUACAUUAGCAUCUUUGUGUUGGGUUCUGUACUUGGAAAAAAAUUUUUUUUCCAAAGUGUUUGGAAACUUUGAGCUGAAGGAAAACUAAGAGUGACUUGAUUAAAAGCAGUGCACUGAAUGGAUUAA